AUGGUUGGUAUAUUAAAGAAUCCUUUGCCCGAUCGAAACGGUGAGUCAGAAGAGCCCGAAUCCAUCUCCGAGUUCAGAAAGCAAGUUUACAAGAAUACUCAGCUAAAUGCAAAGCUUACUUCUAAAGCCCAAAACAACGGGAAAAGUACAAGUAAGGCGAAUGCUGCGUCGCCGAAGAGGCCCGUGGUUCCUAGGGAUACGCUCAGUUUGAAGCAUCAGCACGAUACGCUAUCACAGGCCGAAGAGGAAAAGCUAAAAUGGAAUCAGCAAAACCUGGCUGAGAACGACAUAGCCAAGCUAGAAUACAAGGAUAUCAACAUUGACGAGCCUAAAACUCCAUACCAGGGUGCCGUCGACCCUACUGGCGAGUACUACCGCGACGACGACGACGAGCUUGAGAGCUUGUCGCUCGGCGAGCCAGUCGUGGAAAUGCCUCAAUCGGACAGCGAUAAUUCUAGUAGCAGUGGACCAAGUGAUGCGGAGCCAUCCGCAGAAGAGUCCGCAGAAGCUAAGCACAGGCGGUUCGAGGAGCUGCGCAAAAAGCACUACAAUGUCAAGGAAGCGCUGAAAGCACAGCGCCAGAACCUGGACGACGAGGAACUCGAAGAUGAAGAUUAG